AUGCCCACUGCUCCCUUCUUUUACUCCUCCGACUCUUCUUCUGAUGAUGACGAAUCUAUAUCCGACUCAGAUGUGUCUAUAAGCACUACCUUCAUCGUCGGAUCUUCCACCCCUCCUUCAUCCCCUUCAGCUCCCCCAUCUCGACCCCUAUCACGCAAAGCUCAACGAGUCCGAACUGUCCUUCUACACGGUCUACUAUGUAUAUUUGUCAUCCUUCAUCGUAAUGAAUCAGACUCCGAAAUCAACUGGCCCCCUCAUCCUAGAGGUAUGUCAAAGUAUAGAAAACGUCCUCGGCCUAUUGGGGAAUUAGAAACGAUCAAAAAGCCUUGGUGUGAGAUACAAAAGAUUAUCGAUCAUUUAUCAGGAGCUGUGAUACCUUCUCAUCCUCGUGCCAGAACCGUCCUGGGAUUGUUGAUCUGGUUUUGUGAACGAAGAUUAUUACCAUUAACGAAAAAGAAAACAUACAUCAAAUCUCUGAAGAAAGAUGAAGCACGUUCAACACAUGCAUUCUUGGAGGUCAUGUCGAAUAUUCCUUCUAUCGUUCUAGACGUUGGGAAAGAAGUCAAUACGGCCAUCGAAGAAGUAUCACUGUACGAUGCUGAUUAUCGUCUUCUUGCACGAUUAGCCAUCUUCGCUCUGGCCGAACAUUCAGUUGGGACUCUCAACCUUUCCUACUUAUUGGAUUUACCCCAAUCCCCUCCGUUGACAGAGUAUAUCGACUUGUUCGGUAGAUCAGCGGAUGAAGUGACAAACUUGGUGAUGAGCCAUUGCGAACUUGAAAUAAUGUACGACUGGGUUCCCUGGCCAUUCCCCAAAGCCCACGCUGUUGAUCUCACCCACAACCCUAAAUUAACGAUUAUCCCUUUUUAUCUCGCCUUCAUCCCUCAUUUUCAAUACGUUCGACUCACACAUCCAUCAGGCUACGACAUUUAUGUUCUUCGUACCGAAAACAACCUAAGACUGAAUGCUUCACCUUCAACACCUACAUCACCCUCACAGGUAUAUGCUUUACCUAGAUCCGAACUUCAGAAAUUGCCUGCACCAUCUCCAACCAGAUCAAGGAAAUCUUCCUCGAAGAAAAAACAAGAAAUCGGAAGUUCGUCACUUGUUACGAUUCUGAUCAAGAAGGUAUUGGAUAAUUUCGCUUGGUACAACAAAUGGCUAGAUGAAGGUAUACCACCUCACUUGAGAUCGAUUCUGAACGAAAGUUACAUAUGUGAAAAGUGUGGGAGAUUCUGUCGACCUGAUUCACCACAUUAUAAGCAACCUUUGGAAGUCCCUAUACUAUGUAGAGCGAGCAAGCAGAAAGACGAAGUGAUUCAUGAUAGCGACGUGAGGAAGAGAACGGUUUUCAAGCUUAUUUUGGAGGGAUGGUUUUGUGCCACUUGCAAGAUUUUAUUACGUGAGAGGACGAAACCACCUCCAGAACCACCAAUGGGAGAUGGGAUACCACCGCCAAUGCCGGUGUGGCCAGAACCUGAAAGUGAAGAGGAGGAGGAGCAGGGGGAGGAGGACCAAGAAGGACAACAAGGACAACAAGAAGACGAGGAGAUCAACGUUGCCACCCCAGCGACAAUUUGA